AUGCUGAAUAAACUCAAGGACGCUCUACGCCGAGUCUGCGCGUUCCCCAACCCAGUGUAUCAGCUGAUCUCACUGCGUCGCCAGUUGAUGAGGAGCAUGCACGAGGCGGUGGCUGCUCAGCAUCGACAGAGGAAGGCGGCGGAGAAGGUGGUGAGGGAGGCGGCUAUGGGCAUUCAGGUGCUCGUAUGCUUACUCAGCGACCUCCACGACCCUGCCGUCGCCACUCAGGCCCAGCGUCGAGAGUUUCUAGAGGAUCUGCUGCCGGUGCUCAGCACUAUGGGCUUCUUGGCGCUGUCUCCGAGGCGGGGAAUGACGGACAUCGCCGACCUGACGGAGAAGAUGCAGCGCUUCCUGCUGGACAUGUGCCCUCGGUUCACGAACAUCCCGUCGUCGUCCCCAAAGCUGCCAGCGAUCUCGUCGGGUAAUGGGGAGUUGGACGUGAUAGACCGCACUAACGCAGUGAACGGCUUGAUUCAUCUCGCCGCUGCGACAGGAUCAGUACGGGACUUCCUCGUGGUGUUGCGAGUGCUGCUUGGUGCGGGGGACUACACGGUCGACACGGGGGCGAAGGAGCUCCGAAGCUCGCUAUCGUCGCGUUCGCUGCUCACUUCCUCAGUCCCUUCGCUAUCUACAGUGCGGGCAGAAGAGCUGCUCCCCUCCCCAAGGAAUUCGGGCCGUGACGACGAUGAAGUGGCUCAAGUGAAGCUGAAGGCGAAGGAGAUGGGAGUAACCCGCCCGGACUCCAGCAAACCCCAGAAGGGGAGUCCUCGCAGCAAACGAGAGAGCGAAAUGCUCGGAGAUAGCUCGGUUCAAGACAGUUUACGGAAGAAGACGCUGCCCAAGGGACUGAAGGCGAUCGGGAUUAACGCCACGGCGGGAUCAGCGGCAGUGAACCUGGCCAUGACGCACUCAAGCUCCACGCACCACCGACUGCUGUACAGCAGUCCAGGCAACAACCUCAUCAGCAAACAGAGGACAAAGGACGACCUGAAAGGCGCGAUCCUCAUGGGCAACACCAGCCUCUCUCUCGACAUGACCAAGAUGAGGGAGACGCUGACCCGGGACUCCUCCACGUCAGCCAUGAGCACUCGCAGUGAAACACCCGUCGUCACCGCGAGGUGUCCGAAGUUCAAAGCGCUCAACAUCCAGUCAGUACUGAUCGAACUGGACCGAGCGAAACCUUCAGCUCCAACGCGAGCGUCAAGAGGGAAGCCAACCGCUUCGUUGUUUCAGUCUUCACGCGCGAGUGGGGAUUCUACCAGUAGUGCAUUCGUCGGAGACGAGGAGGAGGGGGACCGUGAAGUGUGGAGCUGUGGACAGAAUUCUUACGGAGAGCUUGGCCAUGGAGACACGGCGUCUCGCAAGUCUUUCGAGAGGAUCGAGUCGCUCCAGCAGAAGGAAAUCAUUCAGAUUGGCGCUGGGAACGAGCACACCAUUGCGCUGACAGUCGAUGGGAAGGUCCUCACGUGCGGGUAUAACGACAACGGCCAGUGUGGCCAAGGGGGGACGGCGCGCGUGAGCCACCUGUGCGAGAUGCCGAAGAUGGGGGACAACGCCAUCUCGCAGGUUCACGCGUACAACGGAUGCGAGCAUACGAUUCUCGUGACGAUGGACGGUAGAGCAGCCACCUGCGGCUACAACUACCGAGGGCAGCUCGGCCAUGGGAAUACUGCGAGCGAGAGCGUGCCGAAGAUCGUGCGGAGCCUGGAGAACAGGAUCGUCCGACUCGUGUCGUGCAGCUAUUACCACACUGUGAUGGCCUGCGAGGAGGACGGCAGUGGCCAGCAGUACUUGUACACUUUCGGUCGCAAUGACUACGGCCAGUUGGGUCACAACGAUUCCAUCGACCGUAAAGUUCCUCAACAUGUCGAGGCAAUGGGGGACCAACACGUCGUCUCGGUAGCGUGUGGCCAGUACCAUACAAUGGUGGUUACUGCUACGGGGAAGGCGUUCGCCUUCGGCAAGAACGACUACGGCCAGCUAGGGAUCGACUCGAUGGAGAACCAACUGGUCCCUGUUCAGGUCCGCGCUGGCUUGGAGAAGCACGAGUGUCUAGAGAUCCGCUGUGGCUAUUAUCACACCAUUGUUUUAUGCAGUGGAGCGCACUUGUUCGCCUUUGGACGGAAUGACUAUGGCCAACUGGGUCUCGGUCGCGCCAACGCGAGCUCGACGGCCAAUCUCCAGCUCCAGCAACAGCGGUUCUCGUACGCGCGGUUGAUUGAGGAGCUGGAGGGCAAAGACAUCGUCCGCUUCGCCUGUGGCUGCUAUCAUACGGUCGCAGUGUCGGACAACGGAGUUAUGUACGUCUUCGGUCGGAACAACCACGGACAACUGGGCACGGGCGACACGAAUGAGCGAGUGUAUCCAUUCCCGAUCGACGAUUUCGUUGGGAAACGCGUAGCGUUGGUAGCCGCGGGUUUUUACCACACGGUCGUGCUAACGGGUGGGAAGGAGGACGAGAAGAACGACCAAGACGCAGCGGGGAACGACAAGGGAGAGGGUUCCCAGUCCACUGCUAGUGGCAUCACACAUACAGAGAUUCUCUCGUCUCCUUCUGUUCAGGAGCUACUAGAUCCGAGCAAGCCAACGCAGUCAAACCCGACCGGCCAACUGCAGAUGUACAUGCUUCUGGCCUGUAUUCGGAUCCUACAAGCGAAUCUAUCGCAACUUUUGCGCUCUGGGAUGGCCAAGGCGGUGAUCCUGCUGUCCUCAGGAAGUUCUACCCGCAAAACCUGCAUAACUGACAGCAAACCGUGGACCAAAGAGCUAGAUCGGACCCGGGUGGCGAUUGUACAGGUGCGAGACGUUCUCCUGUCGCUGGUCGACAUCAAACACCGGCGCAACGUUUGCCACGUCCUCGACAACGCGUCCAGUGAGGGCGAGAACGCAGCGAGAAUUGCAGUGGAAGCUACUGCAACGCUCAUGCAGGGCUUCGAGUUGUUCUUCCCGUGCCAAUGUCUCCAGCGUCAAUUCUGUAUACAUACAAUGCACGAGCUCUCGACCCACGAGACGCCAGAACAUUCGUGUGGAGCGCUAUGCAGACGCGAUCUCUGGUCGGUUGACUCUUUACCAAAGUCCAAAGCGCUUCUGCUCGAGCCGCUGCUGAGGAGAAUAGCCGAAGACUCGCUCAUCGUCCGCGACCAGAUCUCUCCUAUUACCGAAGUGUAUCAACUACUACUCGAACGCAUUGCGGCGGAUUUCUCGCGUCGUCUAGGAGAUGUAGUCGCCGUCCAGACAGCACCAGCAGCUCAGCCUCGACAGGUCGCUACGCUACGCGCAUUCUUUGAUACUCUCGGAGGGCUGCAGAAGCACCUCUCCAGCUGGGCAGCAAGCGUUCACGAGUGGAGGUUAAAGGACGAGACACUUCCCAGCAUUGGGAUCGAAGGUCAAAUCGCUAGCGUUGUGGAUCGCGCCUUCCGCGUGGAUGAGAGCGAUUUAGGGCGUGUUCCAAUCCCCUGGCGCUGCUUCAUUGACUUCGCGCUGGCGACUUUAUCUCAGUGCUGCGAGGUGCUGGGGCAGGUUUUCUCGCUGGAGUCGCUCCCCAGUCCAAGUUACGGAUACGACCACCGCGUUGAGUUCGGUUCUGGGCUACAGGAUAAUGCAGUACACGCUAGAGUUCUGGAGGUGGUGGAGCACUCGAUGGUCGGUCAAUUUUUGCCGCUAUUGGUCGUCAGUCUGUUCGAGUUUAGCAACAACUCGCUGUUCGCUGCGGCGUUGUUGCCGACAUUGAAGAGUUUACUCCGAUUAGUGGAUGAGUUUAACCAGCGUGACGUUGCUGUGGAGGAAGCGGAGAAGCUGUUCGUUGAGAGUAUCGCGUCUUCCGUGAGCCCUCGACCCCCGCAGAAGGAGAACACUGGGAGCUUCCGACGCAAAAGCGACAGCAAUUUGCUUUCUCUUGGAUCUACUCAAGACGAAGACGGGAAAUCGCUCAAUCGAAAGACGUUAACGACGUCAGACGCCAUGGCGCUGCCCUGGCACUACAGAUUGGAGAAGGAACUGGCUGUUCUCACUGCUGAAAUGGCCGUGACAUUGGUCAUUGGAGACCCCUACUUCAACUACAAGAGCGAUAAAGAAGCAACUAAAUUGUCGGAGCGGUGGCAGACUAGUCCCCUAUUUCGAGGCGGGUUGAAUGCUCAGUCCUUGGCGCAAGGCAUCAAGCACUCGAACGGACAGAGCUCGAAGAACGGUCGAGUUAUUCAGCACACUCCUUUUUCCGCUUCCGCCAAGCUCUGCAAUUGGAUUCGCGACAGCUACGCCAAGAAAGACGCGUCCUACCGGAUGAUUGUGCGUCAAUCUCAGCUCUCGAUGAACCUCAAGGCUUCUGUAACCUCCGUGGAGAGUCAAAUCCACGAGAACGACGUCCGGAUUGAGGCCGCAUUCUUCGCCGCUCUACUUCACCACAACAUGCUCGGAGCUCAAGCGUAUCACUUCGCUCUAGGUCUGAAUCGAACGGGGCCAGAAGCACGAGGCCUCCCACCGAAGUCGUUGCUGAGCUUGUGGCAGUGGGUGGCUCAGCUACGACGACGAGUUGCCGCUAAGAAGACGGAGAUCAAGAAUCUCCCCCAUCCUGACGCUGGCACCCCUCGAGUGAACGCAUUUGAUCGCAUCCUAACUGUACAGCAGACGAUUAUCGACCGCUGCAAGCUUUUGACACUCGUUGAUGUGCACGAAGAGCAGGAACACUUGAAUCUCCAGCUGGAUGCGGGCUAUAUUGCGCCUUAUGACCCUGCGUUCCUAGUCUCCGCCAGCUCAGCGUUUAAGCUUUCAGCUUCGUCGGCGAAGAGGCAUCUCCACACAACGUACACUGACGAAAAACUGCCGUUCUUGGUAGCAUACCCUACGUCGAGGUGGAGAACGGUCAGAAUUCUAGUGCACACUAUGAUACGGUGGAAGAACAUGCUUCAAUCUGGCCGACAGGAUGUCUCGCAGGAAAUUCUGGCGUUUGUUACAUCGGAUGAAGAAGUAUCGACUAGAGGCGCAGUCCGAGCCUUACUAGUCGAUCCGUGUCGACGCGUGAGCUGCUCUGUCCGUGGCCUGGAAAAUCUAUGGGAACUUCUGACCAUCGUCUCGUUCGAUUCGAUCCAAGCUGACGUCGUUCAUCAAGUUUCGCAAGUGUUUGUGUUUCAAUCCUCUGGGCAUUUUAUCCUAGCGGGGUCUCGCAACGUUGGUAACUUCUACUCGAGCCUCCAGAGCGAUGCGUUCUCUGAGUAUGUGGGAAAGCUGACGGAGAUGAUGACGGACAAGGCGGCCGUGUUGAUGGAACCUGGUGAAUCGGAGGCUUCUUCGAUGUUUUGGAUUCUUAUAGCGCUGCUAAGCGCCUGGGGCGUCCACUUCAACGCCGAGCAGUUCGAGUUCGUCAGUGAUAUCGGCAUACUCGGCCUCUCGCGCUUGGAAGACACGCUCUGGGUUCUGUUCCGCUAUAUUUUUGUGCACUUCGCGAUUCAGAUUGUCGAUAGUGGACGAGAAGUCUAUAUGCCUACGUUCCCAGUCUUAUCAGGAGUUGCUGAGUUGCUGUACACUGAAGCCGUCUCAGUUUCAAACCAGUUUUUGCCAUUAGAAGCGACUAUUACCGGUGCAAAUGUCGAGACUUUGGUUGAAUCUACACCGGCGGUUCCUGUUGCGGUGCGACGGAGCUACGAGGUCAUCACAAUUCCCCAUCGAUUUUCUUCCCAGAGUAGGGGAGUCACGUUCAGCUAUGAGGACAUGAUCUCUCCAUCCACAACGGGCACUGACUCUACGACCCCGAUGUCUCCGCUGGUAAAACCCAACGAAUACAGCGUCACUACGUGGCUGUGCAUCAACUCCACAGCAGCAUCACGACCUCAAGACGAGCUGUUUGGCUUGCCUCACGACCGCCAGCUAGUGUUCAUGCGAGGUGCUGCUCGAGAGAUCUCGCUUUACUUGGUGCUCGUACCCGAGAGCAUUGACAAUUGGCAGCUGGAAGUGGGGAUCUUGAUGGACUUGAACCGAGAAGCGGACUCUGCAGGCAGUGAAUUCACGGUUACAGGUCGGAUUUGGGAGCGGAUUUUAUCCAAACAAGCAGUAGCUGGGGGCAAGUGGAUUCACGUGGCGGUCGUCCUAGAAGCGACUAAAAUCCGUCUGUACAUGAACGGCGUACUAGACUGUCAGCGCUCUCUUGCGGCUCAAAGUAUUCCAAUCUGGGCGGCUGGAAAUGUAGAUUUACCGCUCCACUUCGGUAGAUUCCCCACCGCUGGAGAAGCUUCCCAUCCAAGCCCUGUGGCGUCCGUGACAUCAGCUAUCAGCUUUCUAUCGCGCUCGCUUGGGAUCAUGAAAGCUGCGGAAUGGGAUCCACGAAUGACGUCCAACAACGCAUCAGAGCUCGCUCUGCUAUCGAAGUCGGGCGCUUUCCGAUGCUUUGACGGGUGGUUGAGCCACUUCCGCUUCCACAAUCGGUCGCUGUCCCCCAUUCACGUUCGGAGCGUGUUCGACGAGAAGAAAUCGCCUUCAUCUGGGCCUCUUUCGGACGGAACUACCAGCAACCAGUUUAAACUCGUGGAACUACACGCACUGUUGAUCUUGCUAAGUGACUCCUCUGAGGGUUUGGUGCACUUCACGUCCCAGUUUUCCAAAUGGAUGCGGUUGGUCUGGGGGACGUUUCUGGGCAGCAGCUCUGCAGCGGUACAGCAGUCUGCUAUCCGGGUAUUAGGCGCUCUUUUACCCCUGCAACACCCUCUGGAGGCGUCUAUAGUGCUGGUGCAAGAUUGCUCGGAUGUGGUUUUGGAACAUUUCGGGUUUUACUGUUUAGAUGAUGUUCUUGUGCAGCAAGUGAUCCGGACAAUCGGAUUUUGCCUGAGUAAGUGUCCUCAUAUAAGUGUAAGUGGAGAUACUAGCGAUUGUGUCGUGGUUCCUUGGACGUUGAUGAUUGCCCGCGGUAUUCACGCCAGUCAGUUCUCCCCUGAAGUCCAAGACAAUUCCGAUCACCAAAACGAUCUUCAAAAUGACAUUGAGCUCCGCUUCCAGUCGUCCAAGCGCCAGUGCUUAAUGAUCGCAAACGAGCUCAACCAGCUUCUCCUUCGGCUCUUCAGGUGUCCGAAUGGCGCGUGGCAGCGAAGCAUCAUCAGCGCUGCGUCCACAAUUGUUCAAAAUUUCUCGUCUUUAUCCGUGGGAGAAGACCCUCGGACAGUACGAUUCGGGAAGUGUACAAUUCAACUAUCCGCUAUCAAACGCGUAGAGUCGGUAGGCUGCUUCUACUUCCUUGGAGGAGGGGUCGAGUUCUUACGACCUGGAGCUACUGUGGAAAUGCGGGGCUCAAGGGAGUUUGCUCAGGUUUUAUCUCUGGAA